AUUGUCCUCCCCGGUCACCGUGACGGUGCGACGUGCGACUUUGCUGGUUUGUCCACUACCGUCACUCUCCCGCGACGGCCAGCGAGUACCUUCCCAUCUUCGUGAUACGGUGGGCACGGGCUGCUCACUGCAGUGGACGACGAGCGUGUCCAAAGAAAGCAUAUUGAUUGAUCGCCCCCGCCAGUGAAGGACGGCGGCUGUGUGGAGUCUUGCGCACCAGUCUCUGCUCUUCCUCACCUUUCUUUCAUUCUACCUUCAUUCUUCAUGGACUCCCCGUCGGUCCUUGUCGUACCUCCAACCCCUCUCGACCCUUCACGGCCGCCUGUCUCGCCCCCGGUCUCCUCGGCUGCGACGACGCCUGACCUCUCCGUCGACGAUUCCAGUCGCGAACGCGCCUCCUCCGAAACGACCAUCGUCACGAUAUAUUCUAUGUACGAGGAGGACGAAGGCAGCUGGUCUGCCUCCCCGUCCGUGCUCCACCCCGGCAAGGACACAGCAGUCGACGUCGCUGUCUUGGGUGUCGACCGCAGAAGCACGACACCACGGUGGAGUAGGCCGGUCGAGGACAGCGCAUACUUCGAACAGGACACCUUCAAGCGGGCGAGCAUCGUUGAAAAGGCACGGCAGUCCGUCGUCUCUAACGGAUCCGUCCAGCUUGCCUACGCCGAGCGGCCCCCGUCAAGUCAGGCGCGCUCGUCAAAGACGUCUUACACUGACGCGCGCCAUCUCUCCAACGGCUCUGCACAACCCUCGGCCUCAAACAGUCGGAGUACAUCUAGUUACGCUACUGCCAGCGACGGCACUCCUCGGGUACUGUCCUAUGCCUCUCUAUCUGUGCCAAACAGUCGACCGUCAUCCAGUCAACCCACCUCGCCUACCACCCGACCUCGGUCAUCCUCUCCGCAUCUCACGCCCGCUUCCACACCGCCCCCACAAGCGCUCUCCCUCGCCGCAACGCCCCCACGGUCAUCUCCGCCCCACCUCCCGUCUUCUCCCAGCUCACCAUCAAGUGCGGCAUCAAUCACCCCUGCACCGGACGAAGACCCGGAUGCAUUCCACGUGCGCUCGACCUAUGCGCAGCUGGACGUAUGCGGCGUGCGCGGCGAUGGGUACGAGGAGGGCGUAGAGCGGACGCGCGCACGGGUCGGGGGCAGCCGCGCGAGCGAGCUGCGGGCACAGGAGGCGCUUGCGGACGCGCACGAGAAGACGCGUGAGCUCACGCCGCAGGAGGUGGGCAUGCUCGCGAGCCUCGACCGCUAUGGUUUCUACGUGACACCUUCUCAUGACCGGUGCAUACUGCUGCACGCCGCCCCGCUGCUGAAGCCUCUCGCGCGACUCAGCUCGGCUAACACGAGCGGGCCUGCGAGCCCACCGCUGUUGCCGUCCCAGCUGUCGCUGCCACUCCAGCCGAAGGAGAAGUCGCGCGUGGCGAAGUGGUCGCGGAUGCUCGAGGCGCGGGAGCGCGAUCCUGGGUCCAACAUCGAGGCGUGGGGUGUGCGGUCGUCGAAGGAGCACAAGUUGCGGGAGCGGACGUUCAAGGGGAUCCCGGACUGCUGGCGGAGCGCGGCAUGGGACACGCUGAUGUGCAGGUUCUCACGGCAUGGCAAGGCAGAGACUCGAAGGCUCUCAGGAGAGUAUAGAGAAGCUCUCGAUCGGCCUUCGACGUAUGAUGUGCAGAUCGACCUGGAUGUGCCGCGGACGAUUAGUGGCCAUGUCAUGUUCCGCACGCGAUACGGUCAAGGGCAAAGGUCACUGUUCCAUGUCCUCCACUCGUUUUCAUUACACUGCGAAACCUGCGGGUAUUGUCAAGGCAUGGGGCCAAUUGCGGCGACCCUUCUCUGUUAUUUCGAGCCCGAGCGUGUAUACGCGUCACUCGUGCGCCUACACGACGCCUACCAAAUGCACACGAUCUUCAGCCCCGGGUUUCCAGGCCUGCUCGAGGCGAUAUACGUGCAGGAGCGGAUGAUGGAGCAGCUGCUGCCCCCGGUGUACGCCGCGUUCAAGAAGCACAUGAUCUCGACGACGUCGUAUGCGACCAAGUGGUAUAUCACGCUAUUCGCCAACUCGGUGCCGUUCCAGACGCAGCUGCGAUUAUGGGAUGCGUUUCUCCUGGAGGGGCACGACAUAUUCGUGGUGGUCGCUGUGGCGAUUGUGUGGAUACAUAGGGAUCACAUCACGUCUGCCUCGGCAAGUUUUGAGACGGUGUUGUCGCUGCUGUCAUCUUUCUUCGUCCCUGAGGACGAGAACGCGCUUCUGUCGUGGGUCGAGAAGGUGGUUGCUGACAAGAAGCUCCGCUCGAGUAUGCGGCAGUGGCGGGCGGACUGGCAACGACUAGUCGAGUCAGGCCAGCAGAACUCAGCGCUGCUCUAGGCGAGGUGAGGCGCGGUACCGUGCCGCACGUAUGGUGGUGAUAUUUUUACGUCGUCGGUGGUUCUCUUUACUUCCAGUCCGAGUGUUGACCGUAUCAUUAUACCGUCGGAUUUCUGGACUAUUCAUUCGCUGCACUCGGUCUGUCUGUUUGCUGUUUUCUGUGGUUUCCAUCUUACGCUCUCUUCUCUCCUCGAGCCUUCUAAGCUAUCCCGUUUGAUAUCCGCAUCGUAGUCGCCUCGCAUCACGGACGUCCAUGUCAGGUGCUAAUCUUGAACCCUCGUCGUAGUACAGUACAGUCAUCACUUCCCGCAUCGUCGUUCGCAAUCCGCAUCCAUGUAUCGCAUGUGCAAUGAAACAUAUGUUCUGCUGAAA